AUGUCUAAAGUCCAAAGGCUGAGAGCUUUGGUGGAGGAGCGGCUGACUGCGGCUGCUGAAGACAUAUAUGUGCUGUUUGAAAGAAUCAUAGCCGAGUAUGAGGAGGAACUGUGUCGCUCCAAACAGGAGAACGAGAGGAACCAACGGCUCUUGGAAUCGACUCUGAACCCGAGAGUCGUGCUGAUCAGAACCGGUGUCCACAUGUCCUCUCUGAGUCCUGGUCUCACUCUGAAACAGGAAAUCCCAGAGACUCCACAGAUUAAAGAGGAGCCAGAAGAACAGCACAACAAACAGGAAGAAGAGGAGCUGCAAGUGUCUGUCCCUGAGUCCAAUGAUGGCUGUGUGAAGACAGAAGAGUCCUCACUGCUUCAACAAAAAGAAAAUGUCCACAGAGAGGACACACAGGGAGAGGACAUCAGCUCAGAGACACAUGUACGCAGAGAGGACACACAGGGAGAGGACAUCAGCUCAGAGACAGAUGUCCGCAGAGAGGACUCACAGGGAGAGGACAUCAGCUCAGAGACACAUGUCCACCCCGAGACUGAGGGAGACACGGAGCACUCUUCUGACACUGACAAUGAUGAAGACUGGAGUGCUCCAACCUUCUCUUCAGCUGCACAGAUGGAGACAGAGGCAGAUGGAGACCACUACAUUCAAGUCCAGAUCAGAGCCAAAAGCACCACUGCACCAAACUCAAGUCUCUCCCCCAAACCCAAGUCUGCACCAGAGACCAAAGCCACUGUGGACAAUGGAGACAUCUCAGGAACAGCGGAAGGAACCGCAGGGAAGAAACACCAGUGCUUAGUUUGUAAGAAGAGAUUUGGCCUAAAUAGCGAUUUAAAAAGACAUUUUAGACUUCACAUAGGAGACAAGCCUUACAGCUGUUCUCUCUGUGAGAAAGCAUUUACUCAUAAGUGUUAUCUCACAAAACACAUAAAAAUACACACAGGCGACAAACCAUACAGCUGUUCUGUCUGUGAGUACACGUUUAUUAAAAAGAGUAAUCUCACAAGACACAUGAGAACACACACAGGCGACAAACCUUACAGCUGCUCUCUCUGUGAGAAAGCAUUUACUCAUAAGUGUUAUCUCACAAGCCACAUGAGAAUGCACACAGGCGACAAACCUUACAGCUGUUGUGUCUGUGAGAAAGCAUUUUUUGAAAAGAGUACUCUCACAAAACACAUGAGAACACACACAGGAGACAAACCUCACAGCUGUUGUGUCUGUGAGAAAGCAUUUUUUGAAAAGAGUACUCUCACAAUACACAUGAAAACACACACAGGAGACAAACCUUACAGCUGUUCUCUCUGUGAGAAAGCAUUUACUCAUAAGUGUUAUCUCACGAGCCACAUGAGAAUACACACAGGAGAGAAACCUUACAGCUGUUCUCUCUGUGAGAAAGCAUUCACUCAUAAGUGUUAUCUCACAAAACACAUGAGAGCACACACAGGAGACAAACCUUACAGCUGUUGUGUCUGUGAGAAAGCAUUUAUUGAAAAGGGUACUCUCAAAAAACACAUGAGAACACACACAGGAGAGAAACCUUACAGCUGUUGUGUCUGUGAGAAAGCAUUUAUUGAAAAGAGUACUCUCAAAAAACACAUGAGAAUACACACAGGAGACAAACCUUAAAGAUGUUCUCUCUGUGAGAAAGCAUUUACUCUAAAGCGUUAUCUCACAAAACACAUGAGAACACACACAGGCGACAAACCUUACUGCUGUUGUGUCUGUGAGAAAGCAUUUAUUGAAAAGAGUACUCUCACAAAACACAUGAGAACACACACAGGAGACAAACCUUACAGCUGUUGUGUCUGUGAGAAAGCAUUUAUUGAAAAGAGUACUCUCAAAAAACACAUGAGAACACACACAUGAGACAAA